GUCGUCAGCCCCCAAUCCCGAGGCAGUGGUGCCCGAGUUACUCGAUAAUAGAUAACACGCGGACAGUGUCUCUGCAUGCCUCUGGGGUCUCUACGUAUUCUGACUUACUCUGCGGGUCUGUCAGUAGUUCUUGGGCCAUGCAUCAUCUCCCUGACGAGCUCGUCCUCCAGAUCAUCUGCUACCUCGAGCCCGAAGAGCUCAUAAACCUCCAACACGUCUCGCGCCAGUUCCUUCGCCUCUCGCGCGACAACAAUCUAUGGCGCAGCUUGUGCUUUGAGCACUCGGCCGCCGAGCGCAGACGUCGCCGCAUGCUGCCCACCACCGAUCUCGACCCCCGUCUAGUUGAGCUCAUCCGCGCCGCCAACGACGUUGCGAACGCAUUUCCCUUUGGCGUGCACGAUCCAAGCGCUCCGAGCGCCGAUACACAGGUUCAGAGGAAUGUGGGCAAGAGGAGGGCGGCGCUGCUGGCGAAUUGGGAUCCGAGCUACCCUGGGGAGAAGGUGGAUUUCUACCAGGAGUUCAUUCAAAGACAUGCGCCGCAUGAGCUGAGGUGGUUUCAGGAGGCGAAGCACGGAAGUCAAGAUGAUAAUCUGCGGCAUGAGGCGACGGGCGCGGGGAUUGUUUAUGGCACUGAUGGGCUAGCGGAGAAGCUGGUUGCUCCGCUGGAAGACGGGAGUGUGUGCGUGUGGGACGCGUCUGCGAGAGAGGGCCAGCUGGGGCGCAUUGUUGCGAGGAGCGCGGUAGGGCUGCUGCCGGGAAAGGGGAGUGAUUUGGACAUGGACACAAGGCUUCGCCAGAGCCGGGCGGCGAUGACGGAGACGGGUGCGAUCGAGUGCGUCAGCGUGGACAGCAGGGCGGGGAAGGCGUUCUUUUCAGUGCAGAACACACUUAACGAAGUGGACCUACAUACGCUACAGGUCGUCUCUCGCGCACCAUAUCCGUUUCCCAUCACUGCGCUGUCCGAGGCCAGACACCCGACCCCCCUCACUGUGGGCACGAACUGGACGCUGCACCUACACGACUCUCGAGCGCCGCCCUCCACAUACACGCCAGCCGCGGGCGCCUCCCGCUGCGAACUCAUUGCUGGCGCCCCCUCCUCGCCGUCUUUCUCCCGCCUCAAAACCGGAGACGUAGGCGCCCAUGUCUCCCUCGCGCAGCCCGGCGCUCUCUCCAUCGCGCACCUUCCCACAGCCCGCGAGUGGGACGCCAACGGUGACAUCUGGGUCGCCGGCCGAUUUACCAGCCUGCUCAACUUCGACCGGAGGUACUUCCCUCGUUUGAGGGGGACUGUGCACUCUGGCGCGCGCUUGAGCUGUCUCGCUGCGCUGCCGUUUCCGUUCGUCUCGCGGUCUUCCGUUUCCAAACACGGCGCAGCAGCAGGCCACACGCUUGUCGCAGCGGGCGAGUACAAAGGCAAAGGCAGUUUGGAACUGUACAGCUUGAGUACCGAUCCUUCUCGCGGUAUCAACAGCAGCGACUCCCGCACCACGCGGAAUAGUCAAGCGUGCUACCACAACCGGCAGACGGCGAGCGCAUCGAAGCUCCUCUCCGUCGCGCCGCAUGGCACUCGGCUCGUCUUCAGUGACGGAGAUGGCGGGCUGAAGUGGGUUGAGAGGGAUGCUUCUGCAGCUGUGCGGAGUCUGAACAUCAACAUCGACGUAGAAAAAGCGAAGCCCGGCGUCGCGCAGCGCGGAUCUGAGCCCGGCUACGGCGACAUUGUUCAGAAGAUCCUGCCUACGGCGGACACCUCGCUGCACGCUACCAGACCUGAAGUCCCGCUCGGACAGGACAAUCUCAUCCUCUGGACAGGCGAUGGGAGGCUCGGAGUCCUGGGUUUCGGACAGCCUGCUGAGGAGGAGUGGAAGGAUGCGGUGGAGGAGUGGGAGGGCGAGGCGGCGGAGGAGAGGGGCCGGGAGAGGGAGUAUGCGGGUAGGAUGAGGGAGGCGUUGGAGAUGCAGGCGAGGGAGAUGAGGUGGUUGAGGGGGUAUGGGCUUUGAGACCGUACGCUGUAACGCAUUGCUGUAUGAUUUGAGGUUUGCAUCUGGAAUCUGGGAUCCAUGUAUGUGUUAUGUGAUAUGAUGCAAUAUUGGGUGGUACAGAUAGUCCACUCGCUUCACUAUUCUCUGUAUCCGAGGAGGGACAGAACAAGGCAGGUUGUGUUGGCGUUGGGGCGCUUCUCUGGCGGUAUGUUGCCGUCUUAAAAUGAGUGGCUGCUCCCGAUGUUGGGACUUUGUUUCUCACAAGGUGCGUGGUGCUCAUUGGAGAAGCAAACCAAUAGUGAGAGAAACCAGACAUCCACGCGCUGGGUCGGUUCGAGAGAUGUAUAGUUGAGACACUGUACGUAUUCGUUCGAUUCUGGGCUGAGCGGGAUACUGGUAUAGCAGGCGAAUUUACGACAUUGGAAGGCGUAACGGCUGGAGUCACUCGUUAUUAUUGGUGUCUGCGGUAUAGACGUGUCU